GUAAACUUCCCUCAUUCCCACUCACUUGAAAUACGGCGCAGCAGAGCAGCAGGGCAGUGCUGUGGUCUCGCUCGAUCUUUUGGGGAAAAAAAAGAUGGUAUCACCUCUAACUCGUCUGCUGCUCCUCACAUGCGUGAUUCUACCUUUCCAUGGAGCAGAGAAAUUGAGAAAAGGACUUGACAGGAAGGAUGUUGAAUACGAAAAGUGUACUGGAAACGAUGCAGACAAACCAAACUGCACCAGAAUCUCUGCUGAAUCCGAUUCAAGAUCCUCUUAUUUGAACAACAUGUACAACAGCUGCCCCCAGGGUCCGGCUGGCACCCCGGGCAGGGAGGGUAACCCUGGCACCAAUGGCAUCCCUGGGACCCCUGGCAUCCCGGGGCGCGAUGGCAUCAAGGGGGAGAAAGGAGAGUGUGUGAGUGAGGUGUUUGAGGAGCCCUGGAAACCCAACUACAAGCAGUGUGCCUGGAACUCACUCAACUAUGGGAUCGACCUGGGCAAGAUAGCUGACUGUACAUUCACCAAGCUGCGUUCAGACAGUGCCCUGCGUGUGCUCUUCAGCGGCUCCCUGAGGCUGAAGUGUAAGACAGCCUGCUGCCAGCGUUGGUACUUCACCUUCAACGGAGCUGAGUGUACAGGACCUCUGCCCAUCGAGUUCAUCAUCUACCUCGACCAAGGCAGCCCUGAGCUCAACUCCACCAUCAACAUACACAGAACCUCAUCUGUUGAAGGGUUGUGUGAGGGGAUCCGGGCAGGCCUGGUGGACGUGGCUAUCUGGGUGGGGACCUGUGCUGACUACCCCCGAGGAGACGCAUCUACAGGGUGGAACUCCGUAUCCAGGGUCUUCAUAGAGGAGCUGCCCAAAUGAGGCCGUCUUUAUUAAGUGAUGGGACCAGGCAAAAUAGAGAAAGAACCCCUAACAAUCCUUCUGAAGGCUUUGACUACAUAUCAGUUUUGUUUCUGGAUGGGUUCCUAGUCUAUGACAAUGUCCUCUGGCCAAUCAGACAACUUCAGUUGUGGCUAAAUACAGUAUCACUGAUGUUCACUUGAAUGUUUUGUACUACAGAAGGUAGGGUCUAGUAUAUUGAACACCUGAAAUUAGAUUUAUUCCUCAUUAGUCCCAUUUCUGUUUAAUAAAGCAAGAUUUUGUCUGAGCUUGUAAUCUGCUGAAGUCUUACAUUUUUAAAUGAAUUACUGUCAAUAAAGUAAUCUUUUGUAUGAA